AUGGUGCGGUCGGCGCGAGUACUGUCAAGUCCCGCGCGCCGAGCUUUCCACCUCGGCGCGAUUCUCCUCCUCUGCUCCUCCCUCUUCGUCAACUCCGCGACUUCAGCAAAUCCAGCUUCGACGAAACUUCACCAAUCUCAAUUGCGGCCGCUAAAGGCGCUGAGCAAGGCGUGGCGGCUACCGCCGUUUGAGCAGUGCGACUUGCGGGCUGGCCUCACGUGCGACGCGCAGGGCAUGGUGACGCGCAUCAACCUAGCCAAUCGCAACCUCACUGGGGUCAUCCCCAAAGUGAUCUCCGCUUUUGCCAGCCUCACUAACCUCUCGCUACACGACAACCACCUGUACGGGCGCCUGCCCGAUAUGGGGAGGCUGAAGCUGCUGAGAGAAUUAUACCUACACGGCAACAAUCUCACAGGCCCCGUCCCUGCUUCCCUCAGCCUCCUCUCAAACCUCGAAGCUCUCAAUCUCGGUGAGAACGCCCUGUCAGGCCGCAUCCCCGGGGAGCUCGGCAAUCUCAAGGCGCUCAUCCUGCUCAACCUCAACAACAACCGCCUUGCUGGAAACAUCCCUGAAACUCUCGGAAAGCUUUCCAAGCUGCAGCACCUGGAGUUGGGAGGCAAUGCGCUAACAGGGCCGAUCCCGGAUGCAUUUGCGGCGCUUACGAACCUGUUCACACUUGAUCUGAGUCCCAACCAGCUCUCAGGCCCCAUCCCACCUGCCAUCGGUGCCCUGAAGAAGCUCAAAUGGGUGUACCUGUCGGGGAAUCAAAUCAGCAGCAGUCUGCCGCCCGCAAUUGGCAGCCUGCAGGACUUGGAGCACCUGUGGAUAGAGGACAACAAACUCAUUGGUCCACUCCCUACCGAGAUCGGUAACUGCACGAGCCUGCAGAUUCUCUACCUAUCCAACAACAGCAUCAGCGGCAGUCUACCAGACAGCAUAGGCCAGCUGUGGGCAAUGCGGGACAUGCGGCUGGACAACAACAUGCUCUCAGGCGCCCUACCGCCAACCAUGGGCCUUCUCUCCAACCUCACCGUUCUAGAACUGCACUCCAAUCAGCUCUCAGGAGCUCUGCCAGCCACGCUUGGAAAGCUCUCCCUGCUGAAAGCACUGACCAUCAACGCCACAGCCCAGCCCUGCCCCGCCUCUUCGUCCCUCUGCCUAGUCUCCCAGUCCGCCUCCUCCUCCUUCUGCCACCUCUGCCCCGAGUUCUGCACCUCCUGCGAGCCCUUUGAGGAGAUGGCAGUAGAGAAUGAGGGGGAGAGUGGGAGCGAUGGCAACGGUGGUACCGGUGGUGGGCUGAGCAUGGCUGCAAUCAUUGCGGUGGUGUGCGGUUUUCUGCUCCUGCUCACAGUGGUGCUUGUGGCCUUCCUCGUGUGGUGCUGCUGUCGGCCAGGCUCCAACCCUUUCAAGCACGUCAAGGUCGUUGACCAGGAGGAAUUCGAUGAUGCGGGUCUGAUCCCGUCGCUGUGCUGCCGCUACUCUCUGGUGGAGAUCCACCGAGCCACGGGCAACUGGAGCGAGGAGAACCGCAUCGGCAGCGGGCAGCACAGCGACGUGUACAAGGGCACGUGCCCGUACAACCCCGCCAGCACGUGGGCUGUGAAGCGCUACAAGGAGCGCUCCACGCACUUCGAGAAGGAGGUGAGCGUUGAGAGAGCUGAGUGCAUGUUGCCGAACCUGCUGCCGAACCCAUUUCCGAACCUGUUGCCGAACCUGUUCCGGGAUCUGUUGCCCAUUCUCUUCCAAUCACCCACCACAUCAGGUGGAGCAAAUCGCAAGCAAGUGGCAUCCCAACUUGGCCCACCUGCUGGGCUACUGCGUGGACUCGGAUGCGCGAGUGGAGGGCGGCAGGAUGGUGGAGCAGAUAGCAAGCAAGUGGAGGGCGGGAUGGUGCAGGUGGAGGAGCAGAGCAGAUCAGCUCACCCACCCCUGUGUUUGCCCCCUUCCAUGUACCCUGGUUGCCCAUCCAAUCACCCUCCCGGAUCAUCAGGUGGAGCACCCGAAUCUCGCCCACCUGCUGGGCUACAGUGUCGACUCGGACACGCGAGUGGAGGGGAGCUCUCAACCCCUUCCCUCUCCUCCUCAUUAUGCCCAUACUGUUGCCUAUUCUUAUCACCACACCAGGUGGAGCAAAUCGCAAGCAAGUGGCACCCCAAUCUCGCCCACCUGUUGGGCUACUGUGUGGACUCGGACACGCACGUGGAGGGCGGCAGGAUGGUGCAGGUGGAGGAGCAGAUCGGCUCACCCCCUACUCCUGUGGUCGCUCUGCCUGUACCCUGCUUGCCUCCCAACCAGGUGGAGCAAAUCGCAAGCAAGUGGCACCCGAAUCUGGCGCACCUGCUGGGCUACUGUGUGGACUCGGACACGCGGGUGGAGGGCGGCAGGAUGGUGCAGGUGGAGGAGCAGAUUGCAGUGUACGAAUACGUGCACCACGGGGACCUCAGCCGCUACCUCUACCAAGAGACCUUCCGAGCCUCCUUUGCCCUGUGGGAGCGCGUGGACAUCCUGAUAGGCAUGGCGCACGGGGUGCAGUACCUGCAUUCGGUGGGCAUGGUGCAUGGGGACCUCAAGCCCGCCAACAUCCUCAUCGACAAGAGCUGGCAGGCCAAGGUGGCCAAUUACGGGCUGCUGCAGCGCAACGAGCAGAGCGCCGUGAGCGCGGGAAGGCUGUUCGGCACUCCGGGAUACGUGGAUCCUGUCUACCUGACCUCGCACAUUGCCACCAAGGCCUCAGACGUGUUCAGCUUUGGAGUAAUCUUUCUGGAGCUGCUGACAGGGCGGCCGCCGUUCAUCCAGGUGCAGGCAGAGCACGGGGAGGACCACGAGCACAUCGCAGACUGGGCGGCACCUUUAAUCGAUGAGGGCAAGACGGAGGAGCUAAAGGACCCGCAUCUCGACGUGCCCGAGUCGUCCUUCCUCUCCCUCGCUGAGCUCGCCAUUCGCUGCACCGCCAUGCCCUUCACCGACCGCCCGCCCAUGGGGGAGGUGCUGGCAACGCUCAAGGCUAUUCGGACCGACUUUUUUGGGCUCACGGACCCGGAUGAGGUUUAUGGAGGCGAGGGGAGCGGCGGUUUGGAGAAUGGGUUCGGUGGUGGUGGUGGUGAUGGUGAUGGUGAUAGUCGGCCAGAUUGGGGUGUUUCAGUUAAUAAUAUUUGA